AUGGGGAGUUUUGGUUCUGUCUACAAAGCUAUCCUUCAAGAUACCACUGUUUUGGAUAUAAAGGUAUUCAACUUGCAAGUAGAAGGUGCAUUCAAGAGUUUUGAAGUAGAAUGCGAGAUAAUGCGACACAUUCGUCAUCGCAAUCUUACUAAGGUCAUUAGCAGUUGCUCGAACCUUGAUUUCAAAGCUCUAGUACUUGAGUAUAUGCCUAAUGGGAGUCUUGAAAAGUGGUUGUAUUCUUACAACUAUUUCUUAGAUAUGUUGCAGAGAUUAGACAUAAUGAUAGAUGUUGCAUGUGCUUUGGAGUAUCUUCACCAUGAUUAUUCAAUGCCUUUGGUUCACUGUGAUUUGAAACCUAGCAACAUCCUGCUAGAUGAUGAUAUGGUUGCAUAUGUGAGUGAUUUUGGCAUUGCGAAGUUAUUAGAUUUGGGGGAGAGUGUCACACAUACAAAGACCAUAGCAACAUUUGGAUAUAUUGCACCAAAGUUUGGAUUGGAAGGAUUAGUAUCCACAAGCUGUGAUGUUUAUAGUUAUGGAAUCUUGCUUAUGGAAACAUUCACAAGAGUGAAGCCCACUAAUGAAAUGUUUUUUGAAGACAUGAUGAUGAAAUGUUGGGUGAGGGAGUCACUACCAAAUGCAAUCUCUCAUGCUAUAGAUGCUAACUUGCUUAAGCCAGAGGACGAACACCUCACUGCAGUUGUACUGCAGUGUGUAUCAUCCAUCAUGGAAUUGGCUUUGAGUUGCUCUGCAGAAUCAUCCGAGGAGAGAAUGAACAUGAAAGAUGUUCUUGCAACACUCAAAAAAGUUAAACUUUGGUAUUUAGCAAAUUGUGGAAGUAGUUGA